GUGUCGUUCUCGGUCAGCUCGACGGCGGCCGAGUCGCGGAGGGCGGCGACAAUGGCGCUGCGGGGCUGGAAGCGACGCAUGCGCUUGAAGGAGCACAGCAGCUCCAGAGCGACGGGGCGGUUGGCGCUGCCGCCAACCUGGGAGAGCAGGAACUUGUCCAUGGGCAGGUUGGAGUCGGAGAAGUAGAACUCGACCUGCUUGCGGAUCUCGACGGGGUCGUCGGUCUCCUGCUGGGAGCUGGGGUCAAAGCGCGCCUGGUUACGGCCCGCGCCCCGGCCGCGCUGCUGAUUCUGCUCCUUCUGCUCCUCGGCCUUCUCCGACUUCUCCCCCAGCUGGGCGGCGGCCGCGACGAUGCGCGCCUCGUCGGCGUCGGCGGAAGCUUCCUCCUUCUUCUCCUCCCCGUUGGCGGGGGCGCCGUUCUCUCCCUUCAAGUCCGCCAACACGUUCUGCACGUCCUGUUCGGCAGCGGCAUUCCCCGCGGGGACCGUCUUCUGUUCUUCGGCCAUCGUCGGUAUCUUCGGAGCCGUCUGUCGCGACGGGUGAUCGGUUCGGAGUGGGAUUGCCGGGGGGGGAUUGCGGGAUGAACGUCGGAAUCCUCAACUGUCAAUUGUCACUGGGAAUCAACCAGAAAUUCACGAACCAGACUGGACGAUCGUCAGGGGAAUUGAUUCAGGCAAGAGAUCGAUCAGGAGAAAGAAGUUGGAGCGAAAGGAGAAAAGUUGGCGGGGAAGAAAAAAAUCAUUUUUAUUUUUUAUUUUCUAUUUUUUGGUUUUCUUUUUUUUCAGGCUCCCCAUUGCCGCCUCAGGCAUAUGCCGUCACGUGCGGCCCGUGAUCUCAUCUGGUUUUUUCUUCUCGUCGCGACUUUCCUUCUCCAUCAAAAGUCUUUUGUUCCCUGGCAUUUCGCUUUACCUAUCGUGUGCACUGAGGACUUCCUCCGUGGGACAUUCAUCAUCGUCGCUAUGGCCCCUCCCUGUGCGUCGUCUGCCCGACUCGCCCUCCCGACCUUGCUGCGCCAGGUCUUUCGAUCCACCUGGGCCCCAGACGCCGCCUGCCUGGAUCGACGCCUCCUCGCGACACCCCUCUCACGUCGCCACUUUCACACAUCCCGCGGCCUGGCAAGGCUAUCCGGAUCUCGGGACGACGUCGCCGGGCGCGACACGGCCUCCUCCAGCCCCGCGGAUGCCGCGCCCGC